AUGGAACGACCACCAAAGUCUCUCUGUGACGCGGCACAACUCCUCCAGACCGCCAACAUGAUCUCCAGCACAGUCCAUACCAUUAUUGCCGAGUGGUCGGCCGAGGUAGAGGCAUCGAAAGACUCUUCUCGUCAGAGCGAUGCUCCGAAUCUGCCCAGCUGGGAGCUCUUCAAUGCGCAGCGGACCAUUCUAGCCGCCGUCGGCAAGCUGACCGAGCUCGUGGCGGAUCCCAGUGCGAGGAUCCUGGAGGUUGCCACGCAGUUUCAGGAAUCUCGCGCCAUGUAUAUUGCCGCUGAGCGUCGCAUUCCCGAUAUCCUGGCCGCCGGCGAUGAGGGCGGGGUUCACGUCGACCAGAUCAGCCAGGAGGCUAAAAUCGAGCCGAGGAAGCUUUCUCGUAUCCUAAGGUAUCUGUGUUCGAGUGGUGUUUUCCAGCAGACCGGACGGGACCGGUUCGCCAACAAUGGGAUUUCUGCCGCCUUAGUGGCGAAUGAGUCCUUGCGGGCUUAUGUGCAGCUCGUGAACAGCGAGGGCUUCACGGCUUCCGAUCGCCUCCCCCAUACACUUUUAGAUCCCGAAACUGGUCCCUCUUACGAUGUGGCCCAGACGGCGUGGCAGAGUGCCGUCGACACCAAGAAGACCCGGUGGGAGUGGAUCGAGGAGCGCGUGCCCCCCGAGAAGUUGCUGGAGACUGGCGGCCAUUAUCCGGGCAUUCCAAGUCUGGUCCUCGGGCUCCCUGCCCCGGACGAGGACGGGCUGGUCGGGAGACCCGAGCUGGAUAUCAUGGGCCUGUCCAUGGUGGGUGGUGGGCGAGUCUUUGGAACAGCUCAUGUUUACGACUUCCCCUGGGCCUCCUUGGGCGAGGCCUUGGUAGUGGAUGUCGGAGGAGGCGUCGGUGGCUUCCCCCUCCAGCUGAGCAAGGUCUACCCCAAGCUGCAGUUCAUUGUCCAGGAUCGGGGUCCCGUCAUCAAGCAAGGGCGCGACAAGAUCUGGUCCCGGCAGAACCCCGACGCCCUGCGGAGUGGACGAGUCCAGUUCGUGGAGCACAGUUUCUUCGAGCCCAACCCCGCGGUGGGGGCUGACAUUUACUUCUUGCGAUAUGUCCUUCAUGAUUGGUCAGACGACUAUUGCGUGCGCAUCCUGUCCAACAUCCGCAAGAGUAUGGCGGCGCACUCUCGCCUCUUGAUAUGCGAUCAGGUCAUGAAUACCACCGUCGGCGACCCCGACCUGGAGUCGGCGCCGCGGCCGUUACCCGCCAACUACGGUUAUCACACGCGCUUUAGCCACAGCCGCGAUAUCACGAUGAUGUCGUGCAUUAACGGGAUCGAGCGGACUCCCGGGGAGCUCAAGGCCCUGCUCCACACUGCCGGGUUGAAAUUGAAGAAGAUCUGGGACUGUCGGAGCCCGGUGUCGCUGGUUGAAGCUGUGCUACCCGAGGUCAAUGGCUACCAUUGAGUGUAAGAUGUAUGUGGAGAUGGGCAUGUUAUCAGUGCAGGAGAUAACUCCGAGGUGGG